UGGAAACAGUCGUAAGACACAGAAAUGGGAGUAAAAGACCACGGGUCACGACGUAAAUAACUUGCAAGGAAAGGGCGCCGUUGCGAAGAGAGUUCCGCUUCUGAAGUUCUCGGCGCCUGCAGUGUUGUGUGUGGCCUGGGACUGGGACUGACUGGGAGUAAACAUGACCCUUCCUGCACCGGGCCACUCCACGCGCCGCCAACAUUUCUCCACCCACCCAGUGUUGUGAUACCGGUGUAAACAUGAGCCACGUGGGAUUCACCAGUGGUGAGGAGCUGCUGAGGGUGCGUAACCGUGACCAAACUCUGCUACCCAGUAGUGAGAAGGUGGAUGAGGCUGUAGGGUCAUGGAUGGAGGAGAAGAUGGUGGAAUCUCGCCUGCAAGAGCAUCGCACACUGCUGGAGGAACCAAAAAUUGCCAGAAAGGACCAGCUACCAAGUGGGGAGUGGCUGCCAGAGUCCAAAAUGGUGAAGUUGACUCGUCCUGGCAAGUUCUGGCACCACAUGGGUGCUGAGACAGACAUUGGCAUGUGUUUGUAUCCUGAAGAAGCUGUCUACCUUAUUGACACUGGAGAGCUUGAGGUAGUGUAUGACGGCCUUCCUCUCAGCCUCCAGCAAGCCCAGUCAGUGCUCCUGCAGGAUGCCCACCAUCUUGACCAGUACUUGGUGUACUCACACCUGACACGCACCGGCUGCAAGGUUGUGCGACACCAGCCUCACCUUAUCUUCACAAAAUAUGAAAAGGAUAUCAGACUUGACCAGCAUCAAGUUCAUAGGAAAGGUACCAAACUAAAACUUGGGUCUGACAAGGCUUCACACACUGAUGAUUCAACACAAAGUGCCUCACAGUCUGAGCCAGUAGAUGCAGCGAUGGAGGAGCUCUAUGCGUGUCUUGGAGAUGCAGCAGUAAAUCCUCUCACAUUGGAGAAAAAUGGAGCAGGUUCAUCAGUCAGUACAGUCACCAAUUCCUCUAAAGAUAAGGGAAAAGAAUCUGGGAAAAAGACAUCACAGUCUAGUCAAGAAACACUGAGUCCACAUGAAAUAAAACGCAGAGAACUGAUAGAAAUGUUCCCUACUAUGAUAGGAAAGGAAGUCAUGUGUGUUGAUGUAGAACCUGUUGACUUACUUCCCACUAAUUCCAUUCCUUCAAAAAAGUCAUACAGAAUAUCCAUAGAAGCCCUGGAGUACUAUAGCGUUUAUGAGACACGACACCACUACCACUAUGACGGUCAGGGUCACAAAAACUGGAAUAGAAAUGAAUCCUGGAAUAAUUCUAGAGAUGCUAGAUGGGACUCUUAUGGCCGUCACUCAAACUGGCAGUCAAGGGAGGAUUCUUAUCACUCAUAUGACUACAGAGAUAGAGAGAGAGAGAGGGACAGGGACAGGGACAACAGGUGGCAACAUUCUAGAUCUCAGAGGGACUCCUAUGCCUGGAGAGAAGACAGAAGUGGAUGGCGGGGCUCAGCAAAUGAUUCAAAUUGGCGUCAUCACAGUGAUCCCGACCGUGACACCAGAUUCAGGGAUAGAUUUGGUGAUUCUGAGCAUGACAGGUGGCCCAAAGACAGCAUGGAGCCCAGAGACAGAUAUAGUGGGCCUGAUUAUGACAUGGAAUUCAGAGACAGGCACAAUGAUAGUCCUCAGCCUCAUGACAGAGACCAGAUUGACUACAGUGUGUGGCCAGAGUGGAAAAGAAAAAGACGUCCAAGGUCAAGACAGCAAGGAAGAAAUUCAUACCCAAGUUUCAUGGUAAAGCUCAGAACCAAAGUUACUUCUUGGAAAGAGUAUAAGAAUGCAGUGGCUGAAAUGGAUGCCAAGAAGGAGCUGGCCAGGGGCAGCACCAGAGUCCUGUGGGAGGGUCGCACCACCCCACUCCUCACACCCGCCACCAUAUCCUCUUCAGCUUCCUCCUCCACUGCUUCAUCACUUGCAUCAACACUAUCAUCCUGCAGUCUGAAUGCUGCAGUCACUGAUAUGGAGGCCUUCAGAAAUAUGAUCCCUCAAGAAGCCCGAAUGAAGGUGCUUUAUGAUGUUUACCUGCCGACAGCCUCUUACAAGAAGUCCAACCCCCCAAGUCCCAACAAGAGGAUUGUGGUAAUGAGAGACAGCACCAUGCCCACCCCUGGCCAGAUCUUAGAACUGACAAGUCGCUUUGUGGACGGCGUGGCAAUGGUAUGUGCUGUAGUGACUGACGGAGAGGUGCGGCUGUACACUUUCUCCCCCAUCACCCUGCCACCACCUCUGCAGUCUGUCAGCUGAGGAAAGCUUGACAUGGUUAGAGUUGCCAGGAAACAAAAGUACAAACAUGUAGCACAUCACCUUCUCUCCAGCUAGUGCUGUGAAGGGUGUUUAGUUUGAUAUGUUUUCUACUUCUGGGUGUUAUGUAGGAAAUGCAAUUAUUUUAUGAUGUGUUUUGCUGUUUAUAGCAGGAAAUAUCAAGAGUUACAUGGGUGCAAGAACAUUUAGUUUAUGUAAAGUCAUGUAUUACACUCAAACAUCCAUUUAAUAGACACUCUACUCAUUUGAAGGUCCAUUACUUGAAUUGGGACUGUAUACCAUAGUUUUUCAAUAUUUUACCUAUGGAACACAGCUUACAAUUAAUAAAGGCAAUAAGUGAAGUCAUGAUGUUUCAGUGACUAGCACCAUGUGUUCCAUUUGUCCUCAGCUUUUCACCAUCACCACUACUUGCUCUACCACUUGCCACACAUUUCUCAAGCAUCAGUCUUUUUUUUCUAUUAUACUAUUUACUUUUCCAAAAAGAUGAUGUUUUUUAAAUCAAAUCUUGUUGAAGAAAUAUUUAUCUCUAUCAUAUACAAAACACUCAUCUGGUCCCUGACGAGUUAUGAAGAACACAGUACAACAUUUGAAACUCCUUGUGUCAUACCUGUCAGGAGGUGGGCAGGGAUGCUCCACACCACUCUUACUUGUCAUCUUGAUUGCAUGUUCUUUUCUUGAUUGGAUGUUAUAUAGAUAUGCAUUAGUACUAUUCUCUGAUGAUUCUACCCUGCAUUUCUUAAUCCUCAUGCCCAAUAUACCACAAAUGUGGUUUCCUUCUAGCUGCUUACAUGAUACAGGGACCUUUUCCGUCCAUGUAUGGAAUACAUACCUCUACCACAUAUGGAAGGCUCAAAAUCAUCUCAAGCACAUUUCUGAAAUGAGUGGGGUUGAUUUUUUUUUUUUUUCCUUCUUUUUAGUUCCUUCUUUUUAACAGAAUGUCUUAAUUCUUCUAUUCAUCAUGAGACUUACAUUUUUGUCAUAUCUUCUGCUGUUACUUCCAUUGUUCCUACUUCUUUGAACUUUGUAACUGUUUGCUAUGUGUUCCCAUUCCCCUUCCACAGCCUCACUUCAAAAGACUUUCUGCUUAAUAUCACCAUAUUCUUGUCACCUAUUAGUGCAGGAGUUAAUGAGUAUCUUCAUUUUUUCAUCUUUUUUUGUGCCCAUGACACAAAAGUAUUAUGGUGUGUUUUAUAUGUUCUUAUGCUCUUUUUAUCCUUCACACUUAUGAUCUUUAUAUUAUCUUCUCAUUGAAGUUUUGAUUUUUAAUUUUAUAACAAGGAUCAAACCAAGAUACAAUGAACUUGUACUCCUCUGACAUUGAUUAGUGGUGACACUGUGCUUCAGUGAAGCUAUGUUAGUCACUAUAGAUGAGUGAAGUCAGGAUCAGUUGUGCUUUCCUACAGCAGGGCUUAACACCAGAGCUUGUUCACCCAUUCUUGACUGUAAUAUCUUCCAUAAUUUUCUGCACCUUAAAUGUAAAAAGAACUACUUGGAAAUGAUAAUAAGAACAAGAACAUGAACAAGAUGAUGAUGAUAAUGAUGAAGAAACAAAGGGGAAAAGUUAUAUUUAGUGAUGAUUUCUUUUACUCAUUACCAUUCAAAGUGUUUGUUAUGAACAAGACAAUAGAAAUUUUGGAUAUCAGAGCUGGACAUUAAAUACCUUGAAUAUUUAUGGAAGAAAUAUAUUUGGUUAAUAAACACUGCAUAUUGGAAUGAUCUCGGUACUUCGUAACAGAUCUCUACAUCAAUUGUAUUUUAGUACAUUUGUAAAUCUUGUUGAAAUACAGUCUAGAUUUUCAAUGUCUUAAGGAAAUUGUGAAGAUUCAAGAUUCUUAAAAUCCAGUCAAGCUACAACUCUACCCCAGGUGUGUUUGUUCAGUGUUUCAGGAAAGUUGGACAGAUUCCUGGAAAGUUUGGAUUCUUGUAUUUUGGAUAUUAGAAUGCCUAUUAAAGUAAAUGAGUUCAUGAAAGUCAAUGUAUAUGUAAACACACUAUUAAAUAUAUGUAUGUAGUAUUUGAAUACAGAUGUAUUUAGAUACUACGCAACAAUACUUUGUCUUUAUGCUUAGGUUCUAUAAGUAAUAAUAGUUGUUAUUUUAUAAAGUUUGUAAAGUGGUCAUUCCUUACUUCUCUUGGUGAUACCUAGUUCAUUGUGGACUUUAGCCUUGUUUAGUCAUGAAACAAAGGUAUCAGUAACAGUGAGGUUAAAGCAUUUACAUACAUACAUAUGUUGUCAUUUGAAGGAAAUAAAUUAUUGAAUUUU